AUGCCGGUCGCCCGGAGCUGGGUUUGUCGCAAAACCUAUGUGACCCCGCGGAGACCCUUCGAGAAGUCCCGCCUCGACCAAGAGCUGAAGCUGAUCGGCGAGUAUGGGCUCCGGAACAAACGUGAGGUCUGGAGGGUCAAAUUCACCCUGGCCAAGAUCCGAAAGGCUGCCCGGGAGCUGCUGACGCUGGAUGAGAAAGACCCGCGGCGUCUGUUCGAAGGUAAUGCCCUGUUGCGGCGGCUCGUCCGUAUUGGGGUGCUGGACGAAGGCAAGAUGAAGCUGGAUUACAUCCUGGGCCUGAAAAUUGAGGAUUUCUUGGAAAGACGCCUGCAGACCCAGGUCUUCAAGCUGGGCCUGGCCAAGUCCAUCCACCACGCCCGCGUGCUCAUCCGCCAGCGCCACAUCAGGGUCCGCAAGCAGGUGGUGAACAUCCCAUCCUUCAUCGUGCGCCUGGACUCCCAGAAGCACAUCGACUUCUCCCUGCGCUCCCCGUAUGGCGGGGGCCGCCCGGGCCGCGUGAAGAGGAAGAACGCCAAGAAGGGCCAGGGCGGGGCCGGAGCUGGCGACGACGAAGAGGAGGACUGA